AUGAUGCAACGUGCUGCGGUUGCGCCGUCGCGAGGCCCGCGGGGCGCAUCUCCCAGUGUACGAGGUGGCCCACGGGGAGGCAUUCAGAAGCGUCGGGGUGCUGGCCCCGCUCGAGUUGAUAAGGAUGGAGACUUGGUAAUGGAUGCUGGAGCCACUGGUGGCAAGGGGAGAGUUGGCAGGGGGCGCAUCGAAGGGGGGGCUGCCUCGAAGCCUCUGGGCACCGGACGAACGAAUUCGGGCUCAAGCAGAGGUGGAAAUCAUGGCCUUCACCGAGCACAAGCCAUUUUGCGUGGUAUGGAAUCAAAACAGGCCACCGUCUUGGAAUCGCGAAUCACCGCUGUGGGACCUACAUCACUUCGUAUCGACGGACUCUCUUCCAGCAAGGCCGCAUCAAACCCCGACGGAGGUCUCGAGAGCCUCCUAGGAUUCCUAGAACGAAAAGCAAGUGGACUAGACGCCAAAUCUAACAGGACUGUUAAGAUCAAGAAGUCAUCUAUGAAGGGUGACUCCGUCAUUAUCACGGCCAGCCCAGAUGAUAUAGAACAGAUUCAGAAGCUGGACAAGUUCACUUUCGCCGGCUCAGUACUGUCAGUCAAAGCCUGCGACCCACCCUCGCCCCAAGCUGGAAAAUCGGGCGAGAAGAAAAAACAGACCGUCUCUCAAGAGGCACAGGAAGCCAAGGAUCGAUUCCGAGCUGUUCUCGCUGCCAGAUAUGACGCCAAUCUCAAGCUACUCAAUCUGUCAGCUCUCGCACUCGAUACUGGACUUCGACAGAUGGGUGUCUUUGAUGGAUCUACAACUACGUCGAAGGUUUUCCCAGCCAUGAUGGUUGUUUGUGAUGGACUCUUCAAGAACCAACAAGAGAAACGAGACGCCAUUGUCAGUGUGAGCCUCGCGGACAACGAACUAGCUGAUGUGUCUGCUGUCACUACGCUGGCACAGACAUUCCCGGAUCUCAAGAACCUGGACCUUUCUCGAAACAAAUUUGCCGAAAUUAAAGGCUUGAAUGCCUGGCGUUGGAAAUUCAGACAUCUGGAGAACCUCGUCCUCACUGGAAAUCCAAUCGAAUCUCAACCAACCCUGAAGGAUGAGUUGCUGAAACGCUACCCAAAUCUUCAAGUUGUGAAUGGGGUCACGCUCAGGACCGCGGAAGACGUUGCUGCUGCAAAAGCAGCUGCCGAAGUUAAGAAAUCGCCAAUUCCAAUCGCUGGACCGGACUUCCGUGAUGUCAGUCAAGUCGGGGAGAACUUCAUCAGACAAUUUCUUCCGCUCUACGACAAUGACCGUAACGCACUCCUUGAAACAUUUUACGACGCCCAUUCAGUCUACUCACUAUCUCUCAAUCUGACCGCGCCAAGAAGCCACGAGCACAGCAUGCCAAUUCAACCUUGGACUGCGUACUUCAAACAUUCACGAAACUUCACGAAAAUAACACAUCUUAACGCAAGAAUGGCUCGACGAUACAAGGGGUCUCAAGCAAUCCAACAAGUCUGGUCUACCUUACCCGCUUCUCGCCAUCCGGAGUUGGAGUCAAAUGCGGACAAGUAUCUCAUGGAGUGUCACCCUCUACCCGGCCUAGUCGACCCCUCCAACCAAAGCGUUCGUGGAGUAGACGGCCUCAUUAUCACCAUGCAUGGCGAAUUCGAGGAGCAAACCGAAUCAGCAACGGAGAAGUCUCUUCGAAGCUUUUCAAGAACCUUCAUCUUGGGUCCUGGAGCGCCAGGAGGUCCACAAAUUAGAGUCGUCAGCGAUAUGCUCACUCUUCGACCCUGGGCACCUCUUGCACUGCCUCAGAUAUCAUCAAUCUCUCCAGAAACACACAGAACGAGCGACCCUGAGCAGCAAGAGCGAGAGGCUAUCACAAUGCAACUUGUAGAGAAGACAGGAAUGACACCAGCAUGGAAUAUUGAGCAGGCUUUCAUUACGUUCACUGCGAACAAGGACAAACUACCCGCCGAUGCGUUCAUCCCAAGCGUGGCAAGAUGAUUAUGGAACUUAGGAGGAUGGAGGACUAUAUGUUAUGAUGGAUCAUGUUAGAUUGCAAUCUCUGUAUUGCAACGAGCUGCGAGAGGUGGAAAUUUGGAAAUGGAACCAUGGGGUUUUCAAGCGUGGAGUUAGUGCGGGUUGUGAAUCAUGAGAAACUCUUCGGAGGUCUUUCGCAGCGCAUUCAGUUCGCAAUAGCGUCAAAAAAAUACCAAUGGUUUUGACACCACACAUAUUGGUCUUUACAUUCUGCUUCUGUGAUAUGUUUUUGUGAAGAAAUUAAUUAACCAAAUAAGGGGUGUCCAAAUAUUGAA